AUGAAGUUGCUCACUGUUAGCUGUAUGUUUGCUGGAGCUGCUUGCGUCCUCGGAGCUCCUGUGUCGUUUAGUGGGGCUGUAUCUCACCAUGAGAACAAUGAACGUCGCCAGAGUAUGCAAUAUGCAGGUGAUGAACGCAGCGCCAUUGAGAGCCGUGAUCCUGUCUCUGUGAAUGUGUCUGGCAAUGUCAAAGUGCCUCAGCCGUAUCCUGUGGAAAAAAUUGUGGAAAAGGUUGUGGAAAAGAUUGUGGACCGUCCGGUGCCUCAGCCAUAUCCUGUGGAGGUAGUCAAACACGUGCCUCAGCCGUAUCCGAUUGAUAGAUCAGUGCCUCAGCCAUAUCCGGUCCAUGUACCAGUUCCAAUUAUUUGA